AUUAUUUUUUAAUGACGUGCAUGAAAUCAGAAGUAGGUCAAUGUCACAGCCCAUGACGAAGGACUAGUGUAGAGAUUUUUUUCUCAUCGAGUGAAAUGGGUCUCUGUCCGCGGCCGACAAACAGCGGGCGAUUGUUGGUGUUCGUGUGCUUGUCGGUUCUCUUGCGAGGCGCCAGCGCCGCGGACGCCACCGUCGGCCCGGGCGCCGUCAAGCUGCCUGGACAAUCCCCGCCUCCGCCUGCAGCGGGGGCUGGGGCAGCAGCUGCGGCGCCGCCAGCAGCUGCAGUCAGCGGCGCCAGCACGAACAAGGGGUCCCCAGGCAAGGGUAAACUCGACGACGCCGGCGGCAGUGGAAGCGGCAGUGGCAGUGGAGAAGGCAGUGGGUCAGGAAGGGCGCCGCUGCCCGGAGCUACACCCACAGUCACUACUCUGAACCCAGCUGUAUCGCCUGGUGCGGCGGCGGCGGCGGGGGCGGCUGCUACGACGGCGGUGGCGGUUGGUACCGGCGGUGUUGUCGCCACAACGAUUCCUGCGAGUGCUGGCGGCGUCGCACCGGGCACUGCUUCGCAGGCGGCGGCGGCGAUAACGUCGCCACCUACUGCUUCUUCCCAGCAACCACCGGCGCAGCUGUCGGGUUCCUCUGGGUUGCCUCCCGACAGCGGCGUCGGCGGCGGCGGCGGCGGCGGAGGUGGCGGCAGCGGGGAUCCACCUGGCGGUGGAUCUGGAUCUGGGGAGCUCGGCUCCGGAGCAGGCUCGGCAGACGGCGGGUCCGGAGACCUGGGUUCCGGCAGCAAACCCACCUCGAAAUUGUCAGCCAAUAAAAUCGCGAGCAAUAAUGCGUCAGCGGGAUCGUUGCAGAGCAACCCGUCGCUCGCUAGCAACCUCACGAAUGUCAACAGCGUCAACGGAUCGACACCCAAGGGCACUCCCGCACCCGCUGCCACGACAAUAACUGCUCCGGUGGCCGCCACAACGACGAUGGCGGUGACAAUGGCGGGCUAA